AUAUGAUCUAAGAAGUAAACCUGGGCGUAAGAUCGCUUAGGCCGGAGAGCAGACGUUUUAUUUAGCUUAAUCUUCUUUUUAAAGAAAUAUAUUAGUUAACAAAAUGGGGACAUUAUUUCGGAGUCAGCCUAUGGUAUUAUGCCAACUUUUUCUACAAAAUGAAUCGGCAUAUGCCAGUGUAUCAAACUUAGGAGAACUGGGACUGGUACAGUUUAGAGAUACUAAUGCUUCAGUUAGUGCUUUUCAAAGAAGAUUUAUAACUCAAGUUCGAAGAUGUGAUGAAAUGGAAAGAAAAUUAAAUUAUGUGAAGAAAGAAAUACUAAAAGAUGAUAUUCGAAUAGAAGAAGUGGAAGAUAAUCCUCCAGCUCCUCAACCUAAAGAAAUUAUAGAUUUAGAGACUACAUUUGAAAAACUAGAAACAGAACUAAAGGAAGUGAAUUCCAAUUCUGAUGCUCUGAAGAAAACAUACUUUGAAUUGACUGAAUUGAAAAAUGUUUUGACCCAAGCUCAUAUAUUUUUUGCUGAUCAAGAUACACAUCAUCAAGUUGAUUCAAUGGAUCAAACUACUUUGGUUGCAAACGAAGUUUCAUCAUCUACUCAUGUUCAACACGGAUUUGUAACUGGCGUAAUAUUGAGAGAGAGAGUUCCAGCUUUUGAAAUGAUGUUGUGGCGUGUAUGUCGGGGUAAAGUGUUCUUAAAGCAGGCAGAGUUAGAUUCUCCAAUUCAAGAUCCCACAACUGGAUCUCUGUUGAACAAAGUUGUUUUUAUAUUGUUCUUUCAAGGCGAUCAACUAAAGGGACGUGUGAAGAAAAUUUGCGAAGGCUUUCAUGCUACAUUAUAUCCAUGUCCAGAAACAUAUGAAGAACGUGAAAAUAUGCUUAUAGGAGUGAAGACUCGUAUUGAAGAUUUGAGCCAGGUUUUGAAUCAAACUCAAGAUCAUCGCCAUCGUCUGCUAGUUAAUGCUGCUAAAAGCAUUUAUGUAUGGUUAAUAAAAGUGCUUAAAGUAAAAGCCAUUUAUCAUACUAUGAAUCUUUUUAACCAAGAUGUUACAAAAGAGUGCCUCAUUGCAGAAUGCUGGUGUUCCACGAACAAUUUACCAAGGGUUCAACAAGCAUUACGAGAUGCUACGGAAGACAGUGGAAGUAGUGUUCCUUCCAUAGUUAAUCGUAUGGAAACUAAGGAAGCACCUCCAACAUACAAUAUGGUUAAUAAGUUUACUUCUGGUUUCCAAAAUAUAGUUGAUGCAUAUGGAGUUGCAACAUAUCAAGAAGUAAAUCCUGCUCCAUACACAGUUAUUACAUUUCCUUUCCUUUUUGCUGUAAUGUUUGGUGAUUGUGGACAUGGUUUAAUUAUGGCCCUAUUUGCUUUUUGGAUGGUUCUCAGAGAAAGGCAACUAAUAGCACAAAAAAGUGACAACGAG